GUGUAAGAAAUCGGCCAAUCGCAAAACCAAUCGGAAUGUGAUCGAGGAAAAAAAAUAAAAAUAUUCAAUAUGGCUACGGAUCAUACGACGUGAGCUGUCAGCUGUAAUAUUUUCUCUUUCUUUGUGUUUAUUACUGUUUUUAAAAUGUUAUGAUCGCUGAAAACCCGCGAAUAUGGGUGCGAAAGACUCAAAACCUUGUUUUAUAUCUUACGAGGAUGCAGUGAAACGAGUGUCUGAUAGCGAGUUGAGGCGUAUUCGCGAAGCGUUCAAGAGAUGUGCCGGCGCGAACGGGACGUCCUUGAGCUUGGAGGCGUUUGUUCGCGAAGUUUUGAGCGACGGAGUGCCUUAUGAGGUCGCGGACUGGCUGUAUCAGGCCUGCGGCGGCACCAAGAGAGGAAUUGCCUUUAAGGAGCUGCUCUGUGGGAUCGUGGUCCUGACUAAAGGGAACAUAGAGGAGAAAAUCAAAUUUUUGUGGACAUUAUAUGUCAAUAAUCAGGGAGACAAUGGCACCUACAUAUACAAAUGGGACUUCGCCAGUGCCCUGCACAUGGAAAACAUAUCUUUACCCUUUACUGGAGCUCACCGCAGUGCUGAAAUACUUACCAGCCUGUUCGGACCAAAUGAUAAAGUGACGUUUGAGCAGUUCCGUUCCUGGCUAUUGAUUCACAAGGACGCAACGGUGCUGUCAAAAUGGUUGCUGUCCGGGAAGGCCAAUGCGGUGCAGGAGCUGGACACACCAACGUUUUAUCAAAGCUUGGCUGGUGUCACACAUUUGGAGGAGAGGGACAUAGUGGAGUUAGAAAAAUGCUUCUGGUCCCUCCGAAACUCCGCGCCCACGGGCCAACUGGACAUCGAGAGUCUCGCCCCCCUCCUAUCCCACCCCCUACCGAAGGCGGCCGUGGCUGGUGUGUUCCUGGCCUUUGACGAGAACAGAGACGGGCACGUCGACUUCAAGGAGCUGUGCUGCGGGCUGAGCGCCGCCUGCAGGGGCCCGAGGACCGAGAGGCUCAAAUUCUGCUUCAAGAUCUUCGACCUAGACAGAGACGGCGUGCUGAACAAGAGAGAGCUAGUCGAUAUGGCGGACAUACUCUGCACGGUCGCCAACGAGCACUUGAGGAACCAGAGCUCUAGGGCCUCGACGCCUUCUGAUGAUGAUGGGGAUAAGGGGUUUGACCCUGAGGUAGUCUUACUGAAUUUGAGAGACAAGCUUGUGACCAACGUGCCUAAGAAUGGGAAGAAGCCAGUGUUUCAACUCGGACCGGGGAAUGGAGUUGAUGCUUCGAAGCAGAUACAGGACAAAACUGAAAAUAAAAUAGACAGUAUGGAUCUAAUCGCGGUAGACACCGCAUUAACGCAAGAAGAUUUCCUGAUCUGGGCCGUAGAGAGUGCAGACAAUUUAGUAGCACCGUUCCUACAAUUACUGUUCGAAGUCUGCCAUAUUGUUCUUGGGUUGAGGCCGCAGUGUAAACAUCAAGAGAGGGAUAUAGUACUCGGCUGGCUACGUCGCUCCGUCCAACGGGGGUAUUCCGUGGGCCAGUUCUGGUACCUCGUCGCGUCGGAGUGGUGGGGCGCGUGGGCCGCGCACGCGGCGGGGGACGGGCCGUGCUGCCGCGCCAGGCCGGACGACGUCGUCUGCGACGAGUCCUUCACCACCACUAGCACAGAAUCGAUGGGAUCAUUAUUAUGGCGCGCGGAGACCGCGUCCCUCGGCUCGGCCAGCAGCGGCGUGGGCAGCGCGGGGGCGGGGGCGGGGGCGGGCGCGGGCGCGGGGGCGGGGGCGAGACCCCGGCCACCGGGACCCAUCGAUAACAGGAGAUUGCUGGCUCCUAAUACACUCAAGGUCCGAACGCUCACAGGCGAGGGCGGGCACCUCCGCAAGGACGUGACGCUGGCGCAGCACCGGGACUUCGAGCUGGUCCCCGACGCGCUGUGGCGGGCGCUGGCGCUGUGGUACGGCGGCGCGGAGCCCUUACCGAGACAGGUGAUUCGACCACCCAAUUCAGACGUGGAAUUAGAACUCUAUCCUCUAAAUUUAAAGAUACUACGGCAUGUCGCAGUACCGCAAAGAAUGAACUCGGUGUCUGCCGUGGGCGGAGUGUCCAUGUACUCCAGCGUGCCCGUGGCGCCACCAGCGCCGCCUUCACCGCCGGAGCGGCAGCUGGCCUACACGGCUGCCUUCUCGAGACUGGCUACUGUCAAACAGGUAUACGUGCCCGUGGCGCCACCAGCGCCGCCUUCACCGCCGGAGCGGCAGCUGGCCUACACGGCUGCCUUCUCGAGACUGGCUACUGUCAAACAGCGUGCCCGUGGCGCCACCAGCGCCGCCUUCACCGCCGGAGCGGCAGCUGGCCUACACGGCUGCCUUCUCGAGACUGGCUACUGUCAAACAGGUAUAAUAAAUGUACUCCAGCGUGCCCGUGGCGCCACCAGCGCCGCCUUCACCGCCGGAGCGGCAGCUGGCCUACACGGCUGCCUUCUCGAGACUGGCUACUGUCAAACAGGUAUAAUAAAUGUACUCCAGCGUGCCCGUGGCGCCACCAGCGCCGCCUUCACCGCCGGAGCGGCAGCUGGCCUACACGGCUGCCUUCUCGAGACUGGCUACUGUCAAACAGGUAUAAUAAAUGUACUCCAGCGUGCCCGUGGCGCCACCAGCGCCGCCUUCACCGCCGGAGCGGCAGCUGGCCUACACGGCUGCCUUCUCGAGACUGGCUACUGUCAAACAGGUAUAAUAAAUGUACUCCAGCGUGCCCGUGGCGCCACCAGCGCCGCCUUCACCGCCGGAGCGGCAGCUGGCCUACACGGCUGCCUUCUCGAGACUGGCUACUGUCAAACAGGUAUAAUAAAUGUACUCCAGCGUGCCCGUGGCGCCACCAGCGCCGCCUUCACCGCCGGAGCGGCAGCUGGCCUACACGGCUGCCUUCUCGAGACUGGCUACUGUCAAACAGGUAUAAUAAAUGUACUCCAGCGUGCCCGUGGCGCCACCAGCGCCGCCUUCACCGCCGGAGCGGCAGCUGGCCUACACGGCUGCCUUCUCGAGACUGGCUACUGUCAAACAGGUAUAAUAAAUGUACUCCAGCGUGCCCGUGGCGCCACCAGCGCCGCCUUCACCGCCGGAGCGGCAGCUGGCCUACACGGCUGCCUUCUCGAGACUGGCUACUGUCAAACAGGUAUAAUAAAUGUACUCCAGCGUGCCCGUGGCGCCACCAGCGCCGCCUUCACCGCCGGAGCGGCAGCUGGCCUACACGGCUGCCUUCUCGAGACUGGCUACUGUCAAACAGGUAUAAUAAAUGUACUCCAGCGUGCCCGUGGCGCCACCAGCGCCGCCUUCACCGCCGGAGCGGCAGCUGGCCUACACGGCUGCCUUCUCGAGACUGGCUACUGUCAAACAGGUAUAAUAAAUGUACUCCAGCGUGCCCGUGGCGCCACCAGCGCCGCCUUCACCGCCGGAGCGGCAGCUGGCCUACACGGCUGCCUUCUCGAGACUGGCUACUGUCAAACAGGUAUAAUAAAUGUACUCCAGCGUGCCCGUGGCGCCACCAGCGCCGCCUUCACCGCCGGAGCGGCAGCUGGCCUACACGGCUGCCUUCUCGAGACUGGCUACUGUCAAACAGGUAUAAUAAAUGUACUCCAGCGUGCCCGUGGCGCCACCAGCGCCGCCUUCACCGCCGGAGCGGCAGCUGGCCUACACGGCUGCCUUCUCGAGACUGGCUACUGUCAAACAGGUAUAAUAAAUGUACUCCAGCGUGCCCGUGGCGCCACCAGCGCCGCCUUCACCGCCGGAGCGGCAGCUGGCCUACACGGCUGCCUUCUCGAGACUGGCUACUGUCAAACAGGUAUAAUAAAUGUACUCCAGCGUGCCCGUGGCGCCACCAGCGCCGCCUUCACCGCCGGAGCGGCAGCUGGCCUACACGGCUGCCUUCUCGAGACUGGCUACUGUCAAACAGUGUACUCCAGCGUGCCCGUGGCGCCACCAGCGCCGCCUUCACCGCCGGAGCGGCAGCUGGCCUACACGGCUGCCUUCUCGAGACUGGCUACUGUCAAACAGGUGUCAGAAUUCCUCUGCCAAGCCCUAGGGCUCCAGCGCGAGGACGUCCGCCUGUGGUCGCUAGGCACCAACGCGGUGCUCCUGGACGACGAAAACUGGACGCUGGCUGAACUACGCUGUGAUGAGAGAACAAGAUUAUUACUGGAAGUUAGAAAUGCAGAUCUUACGUGGCCUGAAGAGAUUGGGGCGCUCAGUAUGAGCGGCGGAAAUCGCGCAAUGGAGCGACGUGAGACCCUCAUACCGCCCAACCUGCCCGGCGCUACGGGGCUACAUAACCUUGGAAACACUUGCUACAUGAAUGCAGCUUUACAAUCGGUAUGGAACACGGGCCCACUAACUCGGUACUUCAACUCCGGGAUGCAUUUGUACGAAGUGAACACAGCAAAUCCUCUAGGAACGAAAGGUGCCUUGGCGGUGCGAUAUGGAGAACUGUGUAAAGAGGUGUGGUCGUGCAGCGCGCGCUCGGUGGCGCCCCUGCGCGUGCGCUGGUGCGUGUCGCGCCACGCGCGCGCGCUCGCCGGCGGCGGCCAGCACGACGCGCAGGAGUUGCUGGCGUGGCUGUUGGACACGCUGCACGAGGACUUGAACAGGGCCGCGGCUAAACCGCUGCCGAUUAGAGACAGCGACGGCAGACCAGAUCAGGAAGUAGCAGCGGAAGCCUGGGCAGCGCACGCGGCGCGCAACGCGUCCAUCGUCACCGACCUCUUCUACGGACAACUCAAGUCCCGAGUGCGCUGCGACGUCUGCUCUGCUGAAUCCACGCGCUUCGACGCCUUCAACAUGCUGAGCCUGCCCUUACCUGUGGACCAGUCAUUGAGGGCACAAUGCGAGUCGGACUCGCGCACCGACGCUUCCGUACCCCGUGUGCGCUGCGACGUCUGCUCUGCUGAAUCUACGCGCUUCGACGCCUUCAACAUGCUGAGCCUGCCCUUACCUGUGGACCAGUCAUUGAGGGCACAAGUCAUAGUAAUGUUGUUAGACGGCUCUGUGCCCAUAAAAUACGGUGUACUAGUAAAUUCGGAGGGCACCUAUUUGGACCUCAAGAAGAAACUCUCGGAACUCUGCGGACUUGCUCCUGAAUCGAUGUUAAUAGUGGAACUAAACGGUGCGACUAUCGGACGAGUAUUAGAUGACAACGCUAAGAUCUCCGCAGCCUCCGCGCUGGAGCUGUACGCGUACGAGACUCCGCGCGAGAGCGGGGAGGAGGAGUGUGGCUGCGAGCACCGACAAGAGUACAGGGCGACGGAGGCGGGGCGGGCGGCGCGGGAGGAGGUGAGUGCGCGCGCACCUAACACUUCCUCACUCUGCAUGCCCGCACUCUUCUGCUUCAAGCGCUCCAAGUCCGAAAUCCUCAUGUCUCAAAGCCCACCGACCACCUUCUACAAGUACAUAGAUAACGAAGAUUACCGAACUCUACCGAAGAGAGACAAGAACGGCAACAGCUCUCCCACUCUUUCCGUCAAGAGCUUAAACUUGAAGGCCAGUCCGAGACUGGGCAAGGUCAAGUUCGGCUCGUCUCCCUCUAAUAUGAACAAGAUGAAUGAGACGCAAGUGAGCCCGGCGCCGAGGAGGAUACAGUAUUUGGUGGCGGUACAUCGGAAACAAACACGUAUGGACGCCUACUUCCUCCCAGCUCAGCGCAGCAAACCCGCGCUAUUCGGCGUACCUUUAUUAGUCGGCGUAGCGCACGGGAUGUCCGGCCGCAGUGUGUACGCGCAGGUGUGGACGCAGGUCGCGCGGCUACUGAGCGCGCGCCCGCUCGACGCGACCAACCAUGCCACAGACUGUGACGACAGCCUCGGUUACGAGUUCCCGUUCACGUUGCGUCUCGUGUCCGGCAGCGGCGCGUGGUGCGCGCUCUGUCCGUGGCCCGCGCUGUGCCGAGGCUGCGCCUUGCCCAGCGACGACGCGCCUCUAUGUACCUACGGUGAGUACACACGGCGCGUGGUGCGCGCUCUGUCCGUGGCCCGCGCUGUGCCGAGGCUGCGCCUUGCCCAGCGACGACGCGCCUCUAUGUACCUACGCGGCGCGUGGUGCGCGCUCUGUCCGUGGCCCGCGCUGUGCCGAGGCUGCGCCUUGCCCAGCGACGACGCGCCUCUAUGUACCUACGCGGCGCGUGGUGCGCGCUCUGUCCGUGGCCCGCGCUGUGCCGAGGCUGCGCCUUGCCCGGCGACGACGCGCCUCUAUGUACCUACGCGGCGCGUGGUGCGCGCUCUGUCCGUGGCCCGCGCUGUGCCGAGGCUGCGCCUUGCCCAGCGACGACGCGCCUCUAUGUACCUACGAACACCAACUAUCUCUCUCACUCUCGUGUCCGGCAGCGGCGCGUGGUGCGCGCUCUGUCCGUGGCCCGCGCUGUGCCGAGGCUGCGCCUUGCCCAGCGACGACGCGCCUCUAUGUACCUACGGAAACAAUGCAUGUCCACAACGGUGCGCGCAACAACCUCACAUCGACGCGGACACGCCUGACUCCAGCUCCCCCAUCGCCAGAGCCAAGCUACGGCAGAACACUGCAAGAGCUGGAGAAGAUCAGGAAUCGUGUGAAGGCUCGCUCACGCGGCUGGACUUCAGCCUCCUGCGCCAGCUGCGCGGGCGCCGCGGCGCACAGCUCGCCAUCGAUUGGGACCCCACCGCACUGCAUCUGCGGUACCAGUCUACAAGAGAAAAGGCAUGGGUGAUCCACCCAUCGGUGUCCGAAAGCAGCGCCCUCGCAGCCCGGCCCGUGGACUUAGCCUCCUGUCUCCGAGCCUUUACCUCGCACGAGCGCCUCGAACAGCGCUACCACUGUGCGAGAUGUAGGGCGGCUCAACCUGCCACUAAAGUGCUGCAGAUAUGGCGGCUGCCCCCUAUACUGAUUAUACACUUGAAGCGGUUCCAGUACGUAAACAACAAAUGGAUCAAGUCACAGAAGGUGGUCAACUUCCCCUUCCAAGACUUCGAUCCGUCGCCAUACCUCGCAUCAGUACCACAAGAAACUAUAGCAAGGCACAUGGAAAUUAAUAACAUCUACAGGCGGAGAUCGUCAAUGUUUGUGGACGUGGAAGACACCAUCUCGGAAAGCGAGAGCGAGACUGAGAGCGAAGUCGAAGAAGCUGAACCUGCCACGCCCACGGUCAAGAGCAAAGACCCACCUAAACUCAGAGUGAAAAUUAACAAGCGUCGAGAGUCCUGCGAAGUCCGACGGCGAGAGCGGCUGGAGUCCACAAGCCUCCUAGCCACCCCCGUCACCGACGACAACCUGGUGGACUACCACCAGCACCACCUCUCCGAGAACCAGGACCCCUUCCAGCUCAAGUACCGGCUCUAUGCCGUCGUGUCCCACUCAGGGCAGAUGAGUGGCGGGCACUACGUGGCGUACGCGCGCAACCCUAGCGGCACGUGGCUGUGCUACAACGACUCCAUGUGCCGCGAGCUGGGCCCCCGGCCGCCCAUCGACCCCGCCAGCGGCUACCUGCUGUUCUACGAGCGGCAGGGGCUGGACUAUGAGAGGUACCUACCCGACAUCAAAGGCAAAGAGCCCGUCAUCAAAGACUCUGAAACUCUAGACCCAGACGAGAGCGACAUGCGGAAGAUGUGCGUUAUAGCGUAAAUUAUGUACGGUGUGCGGUGGCGGUGAGUUCAUCAAUAGUUCAUGUAUACUCCGCUGUAGGGAUGAAAAUUCCGGAAAAAAUCAAAUGUUUUUUUUUUUCGGAAAUUUUACAAAAUUUCGUUUUUUUUGUUUGUUUUUUUUUCAGUUCUAUUCAGAAAAA